AUGGCCGACCUCCAAGCAGCCCUCUGCUGCCUUUCCCCGACCACUUGGGACGCGAUCCCAAGCCGUGACCCUGCCGCUCUCCGCGCCUAUCUCAACGACCUCUCCGCGCAAGCCCGAUUGAUCAUCGAGUCCGUCCCUGAGCAGCCGCCACUCGACGAAGCGAAUCUGUCUAUCGCACCGCAACCGAUCAAUCCCAAUCGACCCUCCGCCGCAGCCAUCCUCCACCUUUCCAAGGCACGCGCCUCGGAGAUUCUUACCUCUCCGAUUGCGGCAACCGAGUCCACCGUGCCCGGGCAAUGGAGCAAGCCGGUCAAGACCUCCUCAGCCAAGGUGAACCCCCUCCACCUGCCAAUUUACAAACUGCCCGGCGCGGACGGCAAGGGCCACUGGUUCAGCCGCCGCAGUGCGUACACCGGGCUCCUGUUCACGCGAUGGCAAAUGAAAUUGUCCGGGGAGCUGGGCUAUAGGCUCCGCUUGAACCAGCAGCAGUCCCAGAAGGGAAGACCCCCGUACCAGGCGGUGCGGGGCAUUGGGGCGGAGCGCCUAGUGGAGGAUAUUAAGGUCAAGAGUGAGGAUGGCGCGCGGGUCAUUGGGCGGGUCCAGGUGUAUUAUAGCUCGGCGAUCUUUCCCAAACCGACGACUCCCAGGGAUUUUCUCAGUCUUAUUGUGAGCUGGGAGGUGGUUGCGGAUGUACUCGCAGGGAAUGAUUGGGAAGAGGGAGAGGGGACGCGGAAAAGAGCGAGGCGAUGGAUGAUGGUUUCGAGGCCGUGCGAGCAUCCCGAUGUGCCGCCAAGGCAGAAUUAUAUUCGGGGGCAGUAUGAGAGUGUAGAGUUCACAAGAGAACUGCCGGUGUACAACAAGGAGGGUGCGGAGCGUGACGAUGCGCAGAGGAAGCUGAAUCCGGUGGAAUGGGUGAUGGUCACCAGAAGCGAUCCCGGGGGCAAUAUUCCCCGAUGGGUGGUGGAAAUGGGCACCCCGAACGGUAUUGCUCAGGAUGCUGUCAAGUUCUUGGAAUGGGCUUGCCAGGAUGAUGACCAUAAGGAGCAUAUACAUUGCAAGGCUGGGACGACGGUUCAGCCGCAUCAGCAUGACCAACAUGAACCCGGCGUAGAUGUUCCGGCAGAAGAGGACGGACACAGACGGUCUGAGGAACCUGGAGAGCUGAAAUAUGAUUCAGACACCGAAUUCGAGCAUCAUCGCUUAAUUGCCAGCUUCACAUACCUGGAUAAUGCGGGUCUGCAGCGGUAUGCGCCGCAAACCCCCCUCGACUAUCUCCUUCCCGAGUCUUCGCGAUACUUGGCAGCGGUCAGCCCUGCCCAGGAAGAUGGUUAUCCGACCGAGCAGAAAGAAGUGCUACAGACUGAGCCAGUAGCAACAAUGGCCACAACGACUUCCAAAGAGUCUACUGAACCAGAGUUUAACGAUGGAGACUCGCGAGAGAAAGCCUCUGUCGCUUUCUCUGCCACCUCGAUUGUUCGCUCCACUGUUGACACUACUCCGGAUACCUGUGCCAUCGAAAAGAUGGCACUGAACAAGAAAGGAAAGCUCUCAUCCCACGAGAAGCGACCGGCUAAGUUAGCGGAGCGGAAACGCGACGUCGCGGCGCAGCUAGACCACAUCCGAUUUGAGACCCAGGCUCUUAUUGUUGAUGCUUCAUCCGCACCCUCACAAGCAGGAACAGCCGAAGGCAGCAGCAAAAAGCAAGACAGGGCAUCUGCGGUGCUGCUGGUCGCAGCUGGCGACCCAAGCAGCGAGCAAUUAAGCAGCGGCCCGGGCAGCAGCGUGCACCAGGGGGUGGUGUCCAGCAAUGCUAGUAGCGUCAAAAGCCGCCACAAUCAUAUCUAUCAAGACCCUGUGCGCUCCCGUUUGCUCAACGAGGAACAUUAG